AUGAGCGUACGUAACUCGUACUGCUGUCAGAAUCCUGGAAACACUCGGCCCUCCACUUCCUGCGGAAGGACCCCUUGGUACGCCAAGGUCCUGAGACCGCUGGCCUUCUUCGUGGUCACCUCGAUGCUGGCCAUGUCGGUGUCCCACCUCUGCGACAAGUACUCCGCCAGCAACUCCUUCAAGAUCAUCAAGGCCGACCUGAGCAACCUGAGGGCACACCUUAACACUCUCUCUAUGGAGGUCAGGAACGUGAUGGAGACCAGGGCGGAGCUGAGGAUCAAGCUGAAGGAGGUCGCUUGCGUGGCUCCAAAGAUCUCCGAGGCGAUCUUCAGGCUCAGGAACGAGGUCUCCGAGGAGAUGGGCUUGCACACGAAGACGUUGCUGAAGGCCCUGUCUCCGGAGACCGUCAGGGACCUGGUGAAAAGUGAACUGGAGACCUACGACGCCGACAAGACUGGCAGGACGGACUACGCCCUCGAGUCUUCUGGAGGGACUAUCUUAUCAACGAGAAACACCGAGACGUACCUGGCAGGGGCUCCCGUGUUGACGCUCUUCGGCAUCCCGAUCGUCGAACAGAAGAACAAUCCAAGAGCUAUCAUCCAGACUGGAGUCCUGCCUGGGGAGUGCUGGGCCUUCAAGGGAAACUCUGGCUCGGUCGUUAUCAAACUCCUGGGACUAGUUUACAUAUCUGGUGUCAGUUUGGAGCACAUUUCAGCCUCCAUUUCCCCCACGGGGGACACCUCCACUGCUCCUAGGGACUUUUGCGUCUGGGGAUUGGAGGACGUCAACGACAGUGAGGGGUUCCUCUUAGGACAUUUCACGUAUGACAACCAGGGACCUCCCGUGCAGUACUUCGAGGUCGAGAACAAGCCCAGGAAGGCUUACGAGAUCGUGGAGUUGACGGUUCACUCGAACAGCGGAAACCCGGAGUUCACCUGCAUAUACAGAAUCCGAGUCCAUGGGACCCCAUAUCAGAAGGAGAAGUGA